UAGUAUUAAUACACUCCGAUCACCGAUGAAAUACUAACAAAGUGUAAUCUUAUAGGAUUUUCAAAUUCAACGCGCAUGUCAAACAAUUCAAAGCAGAGAUGCGCACGCUUCUGUUCAUUUGUGCGUCAGCUCUCAACGCGAUCGGGUGUAUAACCUAAUUGUGCUUUUCGUUUUGCUUUUCGGUAAAAUAGAGACAGGAAAAAAUGGUAGAGAAAACUGAAAGUAAAGGUUCUUACGCGUUGGAAGAUGUAGAGGAGGGCCACGAAGAAGUUAUAGAUGAAGAUAAAGUUCUGAUCGAAGAAAAACCGAGGGUGGACGUUGAGGUGCUCGACGCAGACCUGAAGCCUGCAGACGUUUAUCAAAUACGUCCACAGUUAUACGACAAGUUUAAACCUUUAAGUGCUAAAGAAGUUAUACAUAAUGUACUGUUUGAUCAGCUCUCUGCAAAAACAUACAAUGCAGAAGAAGCUAUUCAGUGGACUAAUAACAUAGCAGACACAAUUAGAGAGAAAGUUAAAGGUGAAGUGUCUAUUUCUCGAACAGAUCAAGUAAUUCAUGAUAGAUCUACUUCGUAUAGAAUUGAAAAUAAUUUACGAUAUAAUUUUAGAGUUAAAGUUCAAUCGUUACAAAUAUAUCGUAAAUGUCGUUUUGGGUCAGCAGCACGGUGCUGGUGUAAAAAUGGGCACAAGGUGCAUAUGGGAUGCAGAGGCAGAUACAUAUGCCUAUGAUAGCUUUUCAAAUGACACUAUAUUUUGUGUGGCCACUGUCUAUGCUGUGUAUUUUUAUUAAAACUCUAACGUUUAACAACGUUAAAACUCCACGCGUUUUCGUAU